GAUAUCCCAGGAUUUCCCCCUUCUGGGGCAGCUGGUGGCACUUUUAUCCCUGCACCUGGCAGACAACGGGAAGGACAUUGGGCUGCAAUCCGCGGAGGCCUUGUACCACCUCCAUUAUAUAUUGAUCGCCAAAAUGGCUAAGAAGGUGGAGAUGAGGCAUAAGAACAGGAAAGGAAAUGUGGUGAAAUGGUAUAGAGAAGACUUCUUCAUUCCUGGGCCCUCAGUCUUCUACAAUGACAUCUCCAAAGUGGCCAAGGCUUUUGGGGAGCACCUCACGCCAGGCCAGAUCAAUGAGGUUGUGUUGAAGGCGAUCGACAACUUGACAGUAGAAGACAGAGUCAUCUCGCAGGCUGCAGGAGUGCUGCUGAGUUCCUUCCUUGAGGAAUGCGGGAUGGACAUGGAAGAUCUGCCCAUGGUUGUCAAGGAGAUUUACAACCAUCUCCCGAGGAUCCCAGACUCCCGGACAAAGGAAGAGGCUCUCACGGCAGUCGUCAACCUCGCCACGAAGCGUCUCAACCCAGUGGUCGACAGCCUGUUGGACUGCUCGAUGGACUGUGAUGAAAGUGCCGCAGCAAUCUGGAAGGCCUUGGUCUCCGAUCCGUAUUCCAGCAUCAAGCUUCUGAGACCCCUCCUGAAACGGCUUCAGGAUGAAGACCCCAAUUCAGAAAUCACUUACAGGCGACACAGCAAGUCUCAAAUGCCAAUGGCGGCUACCAACGCUUUGUGUCUCAUCCUGUCCUUACCCGAAGCUUCAGAUGUACUGCAGAACAAGUUCUCCCAGCUAUUGCUUGCACUGAUCACUCAGAUCUAUUUUGUCCUCGGGACGAGCAGAAGAGGUUCGGGGGCGAGAAGUCUCCUCUCAGAGCCCUCUUCGCAUCUCAGUCCGCUGGCGACCACUGUGCAGGCCCUGAAAAACCUUAUUGGGUGUGGCGGCUAUGUCAAAGAAUACAACAUUUUGGGGAUGCAAAGGUGCUGGGAUAUGCUAUCAAGUCCAGAAAACUUUUUUGAAGGCAUUCGUAUUCUGAUAAGGACCUUGUUCACAUUCUCCAAAGUGCACCUCAGAACGACUUUCAAACAGGCCAACGCCUACUUGCGCCGCCCUGACGUUAAAGAGAGGACGGUUGGGAUGGCCUUCUUCACCGAGCUCCUUUUUCAUGGGGAGAUAGGCUUGUUUUUCGUGAAGCAAGACAUUAUGGACGUCCUGAAGGAGUGGAUGGGCCAAGCCAACCCCCUCAUGCAGCUCUUCAGCAUCCGAGGGCUGGGCUACUUGCUGCAGCACCCACUGGAGGGAGAGUCCUUGAAUGGCUUCGUCUCGCCCCUGAUAAGCUGCACUUACAAUCAGGACAAGAGUAUUGCCAAGGAGUCCAUUAAGUGCCUGCAACUCCUGUUCCAACACUUGGAGGCGGAGGAAUACAGCUCAGCCGGGUGCAGCCUUUAUCCUCAACUCUUGAAACACUUCAAUGAUGAGGACAAUGACAUCAGGAUUUGCUCCAUCAGUCUUUUCGGGGUGCUGUUGAGAGGCAUGAAGGAAGAGCACAAAAACAGGGCGGAAGACAGCGUCCUCAGGAGCCUCGUCCCCCUGAUAAUCCAGCUGACCGACCCUGUGAGCGGAGAGGUGAAUCAAGACUGUCGAAUUGUCCUUAACACAAUUGUCACCUUCCUGAAACUGGGGGAGCUGCCCAGUGACAUCUUUGAGUUUGGGCAGCAAGACAAACUCUACUACAGAUUCUCAGUUAUCUCCAAGUACAUUCCUGGCCCCUCGCUUGCCUUCCUUUCCACUCCCACCCCCCAGUUGUGGAGAUACAGGCAGAGGUUGCCAGACAUGCUCAUGCAGAUGACGGAAUACCUAAAGAGCAGGAACCCUGCGCAUCGCGAGGCAGCGACGAUAUUGAUAGCGUGCAAUGCACAAUUUAUGAAACCUGAUGUGGUGAGCAGCAAACAGAUUGACGACGUUUUUCUGGCUCUCCUGGACCUUCAGGGAGACUUGGACGUGGCUGUGUCCAAUGCUGCAGUGGCUGCCAGCGAGGAGCUGUUUAGACGCUGCGGCGGACGGAUCAAUCCAAAGAUUGUGCCCAGUCAACAUCUCCUGUCCAUGCUAAAAAACAACAUGGCAAGGCAGUGAGGCCGAGAAUUGGCAUGCCCAGAAGCAGGUCUUCAGAAAAGGCAGGGAAGCAGGAACAGCUCUCCUUGCUUUCCGAGUGCCACAAAGAGCAGCUGCGGGGCAGCUGGGCUUCCAUUUGUGUUGAGAGCACUUGUAGAGAACUUAAUGAAAACUCUAGACAUUGCUUUCUAUGUGGUCUGCCUUUCUCUCUAUGA